AUGGCUCCAACUGGAGCUUUCGAGAGUCAGAAGAACAAGGAGCAUAGAGUGCACAAGGUCGGAGGAAAAGUAACGAAGAUAAAGGAAAAGAGCAAGGUGAAAGGCAACAAUGCGAAGGCUUUCACUUUCAAAUCUGCGGUUGCCGCUGGCAAAGCGAUUAGAAGAGCGGCCGAUAUCAAUGAAAGGAAGAAGCAUAUUUUGUUCAUGGACAGGAAACCUGUCAUCCCUCCUCCAGUCAUCGUGGCUAUUGUUGGCCCCAGUAAAGUUGGAAAGACCACACUCCUUCGAGGCCUCGUGAAAUAUUACCUAAAGAGUGGUUUUGAAGAGUUGAAAGGGCCAGUGACUAUUGUGACAGGGAAGAAACGUAGAGUUCAAUUCAUCGAAGUAAAAAACGACAUCAAUCAUAUGAUUGAUAUAGCGAAAAUAGCUGAUUUGGUAUUGUUGAUGGUUGAUGCAUCGUAUGGUUUUGAAAUGGAAACUUUCGAAUUCCUUAAUAUCUGCCAAGUUCAUGGAAUGCCGCGUGUAUUAGGGAUCCUUAAUCAUUUAGAUUGUUUGAAAGGGAUAGGAAAGGUAAACAAGGUGAAGAAAGUGAUGAAACAUCGAUUCUGGACUGAAAUUUACCAAGGCGCGAAGUUGUUCUACCUUACCGGAAUGUAUCACAACGAAUAUAAGAAGAAUGAAUUGCACAAUCUUGUACGAUUCAUAUCUGUCAUCAAAUUUCGUCCACUUAUUUGGCGUGACGCCCACCCAUACGUACUGUGUGAUCGCUACGAAGAUGUUACUGACGCCGAGGAGCUCAGAACAAAUCCAGCUAUCGACAGAACAAUUUGUCUGUAUGGUUGGGUGCACGGUGCCCAUCUGAAAAAUCACAGCGCCGUCCACAUCCCAGGUGUGGGCGAUCUUCGCGUCAAAGACGUCAGCAGCAUUCCUGACCCAUGCCCACUUCCUGAACAGCUGAAACAACGAGCUUUGAAUCAACAGGUAUGA